CCAUCCAAUUCACUAUCUAGCUCUUGCUUCUUCCAGCUCUCAGCUCCCGCAUACAGUGUGGUUAAGAGCCUAGCUAUCAGCUAACCAGGAGGAUUUGUUGGUUAGACGACGAUCAGACCGGGAGGGAUGGGGUUGAGGGAGGUGGAGUCCACAUUGCCGCCGGGGUUCAGGUUCUACCCCAGCGAUCAGGAGCUCGUCUGCCACUACCUCUACAAGAAGGUCGCCAACGAGCGCGCCUCGCAGGGGACGCUCGUCGAGGUCGACCUCCACGCACGCGAGCCAUGGGAGCUUCCCGACGUGGCGAAGCUGACGGCGAGCGAGUGGUACUUCUUCAGCUUCAGGGACCGCAAGUACGCGACGGGGUCGCGCACGAACCGGGCCACCAAGACCGGCUACUGGAAGGCCACCGGCAAGGACCGGGAGGUGCGCAGCCCGGCCACGCGCGCCGUUGUCGGCAUGAGGAAGACGCUCGUCUUCUACCUGGGCCGCGCCCCCAACGGCGCCAAGACCAGCUGGGUCAUGCACGAGUUUCGCCUCGACUCGCCGCACCUGCCACCAAGGGAGGACUGGGUGCUGUGCAGGGUGUUCCAGAAGCAGAAGGGGGACGGCGAGCAGGACAACGUCCGCUCCUCCUCGCCGACCUUCGCCGGCUGCUCCCAGGCAGCGCAGGAGCCGAUCCCAGUGAUGGACGCAAGCAGCGAGCAGAUGGCCUUCAUGCCGCAGCAGGAGGAGGUGACCUGUGGCUCGAACCCGCUGGCCAUGAACGCGGCGAUAUGGCAGCAGUACAACUCGGUUCUUCUCGACCAGUUCCCGCAGGACGAGAUGGUGGGCAGCUCGCCGGCGAUGGGGAUAGGGGCCAGAGGAGGCGUCGGAGAUGAGUGCGAGUUCUUCCUCGGCUCAGGCUUCGAGGACAUGGCGAGCUUCGGGGGCAUGAGGUUCCCGCAGGGGUGGAGUUGAUAUGCAUGCAUGCCGGUCGUACGCGAGGUGAUCGUCGUUGUGCGCUAGCUGUGAAGGGGAUUGGUGAUUGGAUUAAUUAUUUCUCCAUUGGUACUGUAGGUAUAGUGGUGUGAGGUUUACUUUAGAUUGAUAUAAAAUGAUCGAGUGUGUACCUACUGCCUGCAUGAGAUGGUUUCCGUAGCUUAAUGAUGCCAUGUAUUGCAACUACAAUGUAUCGCUCACAUAUAUGUAAAUUAAUACAGGUCGGUUCAGAUUUCAGUACA